GGGAAGGCGGGUGGCUUGGAGCUGGUUCUCACAGAGGGCGUGCCCGCGGCUUCCGCCGGUUUUGGGAGGUGGUCUUCUCGGGGCGGAGCCGCCCCCUCCUCUCCGACAAUGGGCGGGCUGCGCCUGAGGCUGGCGCUGGGGCGGGGCGCCCACCUACCUGGAGGGGUCCUUGCUAGGAAGGGGGGACGCCUAACAAUUGUUCUAGUAUUUUCUAAAUGCUGAGAACUGUGCGGAGUGCUUUGCAGCACUUAGAGCGGAGUCGUGUUGCUGUGCUCCUGACACAGAACUUAAGGAAUUGUGCUCAGGGUCCUGGCUGGUGGGCGGGAGAGCCAGAAGACAGGUCUUGCGCCAUUCUGCUUCUGUGAGUUAGAAAGUCUUACAAAGGGCCGGCCCAUUGUCUGGCAGGAUUUUAUUUAUUUUUUUAUUCCAGUGGAUACCCUGUUCCAGAUACCGGAAGAGUAGAGAUGUAACAGAAAAUAGGUCCUGUUUGUAGAAGCCAACUGGCAAGUUAGACAAAUCCCACAUCCUCACAAUAAGCAGAAAAUUAUCAAAAUAAAAAAAAAGAGAUUGAAAUGCAGUUCAUAUGUGGUAACGAACCGCAAGUUUUAGGUGGAAGAAAUGCCUUAAGAAAGUGAUUGUUGGUAAUGGGGACAGUGGCUGUGUCCUUGGCCAGGGCUGGACAGCUCUGUGCCUGUCCGUGUCCACAUUUGUGGGGUAAAUGAUUGAGUCGACAGAAAGUAGAGUUGGGAGGUGAAUUUCCAAUAAAGGGUGAAGGUGGAAAGGAAAGGAGGGUGUCCUGGGAACAGUGAUAGAGCACUGAGCUGAGGAAUCCUAGGAUUGCAGGUGAUGAAGGGAGAUGAAGCUGUGCAGAGGAAGAGGGUGUUCACCCUGAUGAGAAGGGUGAUAGAUGUUUUCCAAGUCACCUCUCAGUUCCUCACUUCCAGUAUUGCCCAAAAGAGUCUUAAAAACUAAAAUGGUAGAGUGGAAAGAGGGAUGAAGGGCUUGCAGAGGUCAGUUUUACUUUGGACCAGUUUAAUUUUAGCUUUAUUGCCUGAAGCAAAUUAGAAUCUCACUGGGCCUUUCGUUUUUGUAGGGUCAUAAGGGAGACACAGCUGUAUUACUUGUGUACUAAAAGAACCUAUGGAUUAUUAAGCCAUAUUUACAGGCAAUUUGGGAGGUAGAUUUUAAAAGACAGGAGGUCUUGGUUUUUACAACACUCCUUUAUUGCAGUACUCUUAGGAAACUUAGAAGUUUUCUUACACAGUUUAAUUGUGGAUGGAGAGGUAAAUUGUACACAUCUAGUAAUAUGAUUACAGUCACCUAUAAUCAUGCAAAAUAACUAAAUGUAAGGAGGCUUAUAAAAAUAACCUGAGAGAACAACCCUUUACUAGCCGACUGUUUAGAGUGUUUCUACUUGAGCAGACUUGUUCUCAUAUAUCAUUUCUAAGGUCAGUUUCACUUGUUAAUACUUCACGUGGAGGUGGGAAACUGAGAGAUUCUGGAGCAUCCUCUUUUCGGUGCUCAUUGACGAGGAAGUCCUUAAAAACGUUUGCUACGUGCUGGUUGUUGGCGGUUAUGAUCCAUGCCGCUCUGGCCUUUGGUGGCAGCAUCAAGGAGCGGCCCGUGCGCGGUGACUUGCACACUCCGUGUGCGAACGCGCUGAGGGUGAAUCCUGGCCCUGCUGCUUGCCGGUUCUGCCAUCUCCGAUGAGCUCCCAGCCUUAGUUUGUACAUUUGUGUAACAGGCAUGGGAAUGGGACUUUGCACAAUAUUUUCAUACUCUUUAUUUGACUCGAUUCUUGUGAUGAUGUCUCACUUUACAGAUCAAAUUGAGGGCCCAGCGAUAGAUGCUUGGGCACAUCAUUCAUCUGGUUUUUCUUAGAGAUGGAGCUGAACCCCAGGGUUUGGUGUGUCCUGCUUUGUCUGUAGUUCCAUUACUCUAACGUGUUGCUUUUCUGUCGCUGAUUAAUUUGAGACCCUUUCCAUCUAAGCCUUAUGAAUGUUUUCCCCAUUUGCAGGGGAAAUGAUAUAACUAAAACCAUUUAAACCAUAACAAAGCAUUAUCAAUUAAGUCUUUAUCUUGAAUGCCUGAAAUCUGUGCUUACCUAGCUAUUUCUCUUAUAAGUGUUCUAUCCUUGUAUGUGAGAAGCCCAUUAUACCUUCCUUCAGAAGAGCAGAGAUUUUGAAAGUAUGCUUACAAUAUUAUAUCUUUGUUUCCUUCUUUUUGGUACUGACUGUUUUUCAUUUGUGUCCUUUGUUAGAGAACCUCCAGCAUGCAGGCCUCCAGCUCCAGGUCUGUGCACCUGAGUGAAUGGCAGAAGAAUUACUUUGCAAUUACAUCUGGCAUAUGUACCCCAGGACAGAAGGCAGAUGCGUACCGAGCGCAGAUAUUACGCAUUCAGUAUGCAUGGGCAAACACUGAGCUGUCCCAGGUCUGCGCCACCAAACUCUUCAGAAAAUAUGCAGAGAAAUAUUCUGCAGUUAUUGAUUCUGACAAUGUUGAGACUGGCUUGAAUAACUACGCGGAAAGCAUUUUAACUUUAGCAAGAUCUCAGCAAACCGACAGUGACAAGUGGCAGUCUGGAUUGUCAAUAAAUAAUGUUUUCAAAAUGAGUAAUGUACAGGAGAUGAUGCAAGCUGGCAAAAAAUCCAGAGACUCUCUGAUGGCACCUGCUGAUGCAUCGGUAGUAAUCCAUAAAGAGGCUGUUGUCCUCGACCCUCCUAAACUUAGUGUUUGUGGGGGUUCUGGGGAGAGUGACCCAUUAACUAACUCAGCUUCUGAUAUGAAGGGGACCCAAGACAUCCCAGACAGCAGUCCUUCAACGUGCCCUCAGAAAGCCCAGCCACCUGUGCUGACUAACUCUGGUAAGACUUGUCCUUCAUCCUCAACACCGUUUGGUGACUUUGCCACUGCAAAAAUCCAUGCCACACCAUUAUUUGGAAAUGUCAAAAAGGAAAAUAACAGCUCUCCAAAAGCCAACAUAGGCCUAAAUAUGUUCUCAUCUCUUCAGUCUUGUUUGCCUUCUGGUUGUGAAAAUCCACGGGAAAGGAAAGUGUUUUAUGGUUCUAGCACCACUGGUGCCCUUUCCACCCCAAUAGUGAAUAAGGCUUUUAGUAAAACAGAAGAUAAUGCCCCAAGAGAAGAGAGUAGCCUGCCUACUUUUAAAACUGCAAAAGAACAAUUAUGGUUAGAUCAGCAAAAAAAGUACCACCAACCCCAGCGUGCAUCCGUGUCUUCAUAUGGUGGUAUAAAGAAGUCUCUAGGAGCUAGUAGGUCCCGAGGAAUAUCUGGGAAGUUUGUUCCCCCUAUACCUAAGCAAGAUGGGGGAGAUCCGCAUGGGGGAAUGCAGCAUAAGGCUAAUGGCGCAGGACCCGCAGAGCCGGCACAUCCAACCGAUGAGCGUCUCAGAAACUUGGAGCCAAAGAUGAUUGAACUUAUUAUGAAUGAGAUUAUGGAUCAUGGACCACCAGUAAGCUGGGAAGAUAUUGCAGGAGUAGAAUUUGCCAAAGCCACAAUAAAGGAGAUAGUCGUAUGGCCCAUGAUGAGGCCAGACAUCUUUACGGGUUUACGAGGACCCCCUAAAGGAAUUCUGCUGUUUGGGCCCCCCGGGACUGGUAAAACUCUAAUUGGCAAGUGCAUUGCUAGUCAGUCUGGGGCAACGUUCUUCAGUAUCUCUGCUUCUUCUUUGACUUCUAAAUGGGUAGGUGAGGGGGAGAAAAUGGUCCGUGCGUUGUUUGCUGUGGCAAGGUGUCAGCAGCCAGCUGUGAUAUUCAUUGAUGAAAUUGAUUCCCUGUUAUCUCAACGAGGAGAUGGUGAACACGAGUCUUCCAGAAGGAUAAAAACAGAAUUUCUAGUGCAGUUAGAUGGAGCAACCACAUCUUCUGAAGAUCGUAUUCUAGUGGUGGGAGCAACCAAUCGGCCACAAGAAAUUGACGAGGCUGCCCGGAGAAGGUUGGUGAAAAGGCUGUAUAUUCCGCUCCCGGAAGCUUCGGCGAGGAAACAGAUCGUGAUUAAUCUGAUGUCCAAGGAGCAGUGCUGCCUCAGUGAGGAGGACAUUGCACUGGUUGUGAAGCAAUCUGAUGGGUUCUCGGGAGCUGACAUGACACAGCUUUGCAGAGAGGCGUCUCUCGGGCCCAUUCGCAGUUUACAGACUGUUGACAUUGCCACGAUAGCACCCGAUCAGGUUCGACCAAUAGCGUAUAUUGAUUUUGAGAAUGCCUUCAGAACCGUGCGACCUAGCGUGUCUCCUAAAGAUUUAGAGCUUUAUGAGAACUGGAACAGAACUUUUGGUUGUGGGAAGUAAAGGGGACAAACAGGACACUUGAAAUGUAAAGAUGGCAUCCUUGUAAUGCAGCCUUUCCCACUUUCUGGCACGGGAAACUGGGAAUUUACUGAUUGUACUUUUAGUGUAUGUUUUGAAUUCUGUACCUCAAAUAAAUUAGUAACAGUAGCUCAAA